AUGGACAGCGCGGCCGGCCCCGCCUUCGCCCCGGACAAGCCGGCGCUAGGCCCGGGGCCGCCGCCGCCGCCGCCCGCGCUGGGGCCGGGCGACUGCGCCCAGGCGCGCAAGAACUUCACGGUCAGCCACCUCCUGGACCUGGAGGAGGUGGCGGCGGCCGGGCGGCUGGCGGCGCGCCCCGCGCCCAGGGCCGAGGCGCGGGAGGGCGCGGCGCGCGAGCCGUCCGGGGGCAGCAGCGGCAGCGAGGCGGCGCCGCAGGACGGUGAGUGUCCCAGCCCCGGGCGCAGCAGCGCCGCCAAGCGGAAGAAGAAGCAGCGGCGGAACCGCACCACGUUCAACAGCAGCCAGCUGCAGGCGCUGGAGCGCGUGUUCGAGCGCACGCACUACCCCGACGCCUUCGUGCGUGAGGAGCUGGCCCGGCGGGUCAACCUCAGCGAGGCGCGCGUCCAGGUCUGGUUUCAGAACCGCCGGGCCAAGUUCCGCAGAAACGAGCGGGCCAUGCUGGCCAACCGCUCGGCCUCGCUGCUCAAGUCCUACAGUCAGGAGGCCGCCGUCGAGCAGCCGGUGGCUCCCCGGCCCACCACCCUGAGCCCGGACUAUCUCUCCUGGACAGCCUCCUCCCCCUACAGCACGGUGCCGCCCUACAGCCCUGGAGGCUCAGGCCCCGCGACCCCGGGGGUCAGCAUGGCCAACAGUAUCGCCAGUCUCCGUCUCAAGGCCAAGGAGUUCAGCCUGCAUCACAGCCAGGUGCCCACCGUGAACUGACAGCCGGCUCCGCCAGGAUCCCAGUGCCUCCCUGGUCUAACGACAACAGAAAAGAGGGCAGAUGCGCAGGAAAGUGACCUUCUCCUGCCCUCUGUCUCCGGGACAGGCUGGGUGGGCUCUCCUGGCUGGCCCUUCUCUGAAGCCCAGACUCCUGGGCCCAAGAGGCUGCUGAGAUGCCUGGAGCCUGGCUCAGCCCCUCAUCCAUGGCCGCUGGAGACUUUGGCCCCUGAUCCUUGGAGGGGUUGGGCCAGAAGGUGGAAUAGCAGCUCACCGAGGACCUCACUUACUUGGUGUAUGAAAGCCAAAAAGCUGUUGUCUGUA